CCCCGUCAGCUCAAGGUAAACAAAUCAAUUGACACCAACAAAGUCCCAAGUACCCGCCGUCCACACUCGAACACCUUUCUUUCCCGACCGCACUUUCAUCACUAACUCGAUUCUUACUUAGACUUUCUGGACUAGACCAUCUGUUAUCGAUUAAACUCAGGCGAUCAUGUCGCUUAAGAUCGAGAAAGAAACGAUCCGCCAUGCGACCGAGAUCGUGCCCGGCCCUCUCGCGCACAUUCCUCGUGACGGCCCUCUCCCAGGCACGACCGGCAAGCAUCCUAUCGCAGAGGCGAUCGGUACCGCGAUCACUGGAGGCAAACGAAACGCCGGCACGAGGGGCUACUUAAUGGCCUACAUCAAUCAGCUGGAGAGAAACCCUCUGCGGACUAAGAUGCUCACGGCUGGAACCCUCGCCGGUCUACAAGAACUUCUUGCGUCGUGGCUAGCUAGAGACCGUAAUAAGCAUGGAAACUAUUUCACGGCCCGUGUCCCCAAGAUGGCGGCAUACGGCGCCUUGGUCAGCGCGCCCCUAGGCCACUUCCUGAUCUGGUGUCUUCAAAAGGCCUUCAAGGGUCGCACGAGUCUCCGUGCCAAGAUUCUCCAGAUUCUUAUCAGCAACCUUAUAGUUGCUCCGAUCCAAAACUCUGUCUACCUCGUCGCUAUGGCUCUCAUCGCCGGUGCCCGAACCUAUCACCAGGUCCGAGCAACGGUACGCGUCAGCUUUAUGAAAGUCAUGAAGGUAUCUUGGAUUAGCUCGCCGCUGUGUCUUGCUUUCGCACAGGCCUUCCUACCCGAGGCCGCCUGGGUUCCCUUCUUUAACGUCGUCGCCUUCACCAUCGGCACGUAUAUUAACACCAUGACUAAGAAGAAGCGUCUUGCUGCCCUGCGCAAGAAGCACUUCGGCGACGGACGAUCGGGCUCCGUGGCGGGUGGACGACCCGAGCAGGACUAUCCCCCUCCUUCCUCAAUCGGUGGGCCUAACCCACCAUACUAACUUGUGAAUUAACUGUCGGGAUAGGGGAUGGGGAUGGGGAUGGGGUGUUGUGUGGGACGGAAUGU